UUUUAUUUUCGUUCUCAAAUGCUAAUUGUAUUAUUCCUGAACGUAAUGAGACGAAUAAAAGCCCUUCAGUGAACAUCCAAAUAUCUGAGUUGAGGUCGGAACAGGAACGACAAGGAAAGCUGAUUGAUGCACUUAUUAAGAAAUCUUACCCUCGUUGUACCGUCGCCAAGUCCAGUGGGAUCAAUGAAAUACUCAUCCCCAAGUUUAGCAGUCAACCUUUCAAAGUGGCCUGCGAUGCAGAAACUCGAGGGGGAGGCUGGACGAUUAUCCUGAGGAGGAUGGAUGGAACUGUCGACUUCUAUCGCAACUGGGCUGCAUACAAAGAGGGAUUUGGAGAUCUAAAUGGCGAGUUCUUCUUGGGAUUGGAUAAAAUACACGCAUUGACGGCAGACGGGAAUCAGGAAUUACUUGUCGUCCUAGAGGACUUCGAGGGAAAUGAAGCUUUUGAGAUGUAUGACAGCUUUGCAAUCGGCGAUGAAGAUCAACAAUAUGUCCUACACACCCUGGGAAAUGCGACUGGAGGUGCGGGUGAUUCACUCUCUUAUCAUCGUGGCAUGAAAUUUACCACCAAAGAUCGGGAUAAUGAUAAACGUAAGGCGAAAAAUUGCGCUGUAUUCAGAACUGGCGCUUGGUGGUACUCUAAUUGUCACGACAGCAACUUGGCAGGGAAGUACAAUGAUAACAGCUGGGGCAAGGGCGUUAUUUGGUCCACUUUUAAAUAUUUUGAUUACUCCCUCAAAAAAGCAGUCAUGAUGAUUCGGCCAAAGAAGUAAAUUCGAAGACUCUACAAUGUUUGAAAUCUGCUCACCGUUAUAUUAAAAUGUAUUUUGCGAUACCUCAAAACAUAUUCUAUUACACAUGUUUCUAGAUAGUUUAAUUAUUUAUUUUUUAUUAAAUCUUUUUUUCAUGUAUGUUGAUUGAACGAAA